AUGUCAACUAAUUCAAUCUACAAUGCUGCACUUGGCACUGCAACUGAUAGCAACCAACAAAAUGUCAAUCAAUAUCCUAACACUCAAGUAUCUUUUGACGGUAAUAACCAAGAGGAAGGCGGAGGCGGUGGAGGAGGGGGAGGCGGAUCUGGAGGUGGAGGCGGAGGAGGAGGUUUUUUGAUUUUCAGAAAUCACACUGUUUGUGGUAAAAAGAUUCUUGGAGAAGAGAAAACAAUUACAGAAUAUGGUGAGGACAUUAGUAAGAGUGGUUGUGAUUCAAAAACAAGUUUAUCAUGCGGUGUUCGUGAUGCAAAAUAUGGAGGAGGACAUGCUAGAGAUUACAUUCAAGAAGAGAUCCUCGAUAAGUUAAGAGGAGAGGUUGAAGGUAGUGGUGAAGCAAUGUCAAAGGGAAUUACAACAGUAAAUAUGGAUGAUGAUAGUGAAUCGACGAAUGGAGGUGCUAUCAACGAAAUUAAUAUAAGAAAAAUGUCAACUAAUUCAAUCUACAAUGCUGCACUUGGUAUUGCAACUGAUAACAACCGACAGAAUGUCAAUCAAUAUCCUAACACUCAAGUGUCUUUUGAUAGUAAUAACCAAGAGGAAGGCGGAGGCGGUGGAGGAGGGGGAGGCGGAUCUGGAGGUGGAGGCGGAGGAGGAGGUGGUGGUGGUGGAGGAGGUGGUGGCGGUGGUGGCGGAAAAUAA